GAAAGCCUGCGGGGUGGAGACAUUUCAAUAGGGAAGGACAGCCAGCAAGAGGGCUCACUCAAACCCGCGUUUACAGGUCGGUAGAUCGAUGUGAGAGUCUCCAUGAACUUUGCCAAAUCUACAAAGACCGGUGAGAGUGUCGACGGUUAACAUUUUCUCUAGAAGGAAACAGAAGCUUUGGAUUCUGCCGGAGGCCUCGAAUGCACGGAAAAAGCAGUGGAUUCAUUGAAAUCAACGCUGCUACUGUUUCAGACCAACUCUGGCUCAUGACGGAGUCUCCUGAGAGCCCGGCGACGCCCACAGUCGUCUCUAGGGGGCCCCUUCUUGAACUGGUCUGGGAGUUUGGGGUCCCUGUGCGCUCCUGGCCACCCGCAGCCUGGACAAGCAAGGGAGAGACGAAGAACGCGCAGCGCGUGAAGCGGCUCCCACAUCGCAAGGGUUUCGGCUCUCGGGGAGGUCUGGGGAGAGGGACCCUGAGACGACACGGGAGUGGCGGCGCAGGAAGGGGCGCGGGGCCCCGCAGGGUGAGAAACUGGCCAGUGUGUAUGAGGCUCCAGGCUUUUUCCUGAACUUGGAGCCCAUCCCUGGGGCCGUGGACGCUGUGCGAGAGAUGAACGACAUGCAAGACACCGAGGUCUUCAUCUGCACCAGCCCACUGCGGAAGUAUGACCACUGUGUGGGCGAGAAGAACCUGGGGCCUCAGUUUUUGAACUGGAUUAUCCUGACUAGGGACAAGACAGUGGUCGUGGGAGACCUGCUCAUUGAUGACAAAGACACCAUUCAAGGCCUGGAGGAGACCCCAAGCUGGGAGCACAUCUUGUUCACCUGCUGCCACAAUCAGCACCUGGCUCUGCCCCCCACCAGGAGACGGCUGCUUUCCUGGAGUGACAACUGGAGGGGGAUUAUAGACAGCAAGCGAGCCAGCCUGUGAACGACCCUGAGGUGGGUCAACAAGAACCUACAUGGACAGUGGACAGGCGACAUUCUCCAAGCAGGGGCCACUGUAACCUCCACUGGAACAAACUCUGCCAUUUGGCCAAGAUGGCUACACGCAGGAGCAGGGCUGGACAGAAAUACUGGGGAACUCAGGAGGCUUUUAAUAAAAAUAAAAACUAAAAGCAAG